AUGGCAGACGGUAGCGGAAGCCAAUCGAAGAAGUUCGAGCCGAAGACGCCUGUCCAGCUCGACCCGCCCAAGAACGACCCGAUCAGCCCGGAAUAUCUCUCAAAAUGCGAUGGCACGAAUGUGGACUAUCCGACAUAUGUGGCAAUGAAGGGUACAAUAUUCGACGUCAGCGGAAACAAGGCGUAUACUCCAGGAGCAGGCUAUCAUGUGUUUGCCGGUAAAGACGCAUCCCGCGCGCUGGCGAAGUCGUCUCUGAAGCCAGAGGAUUGCAGACCUGAGUGGGAAGACCUUCCGGAUAGUGAGAAGAAGGUGCUGGAUGACUGGUUCACCUUUUUCAGCAAGCGGUACAACAUCGUCGGCGUUGUUCAGGGCGCUGCAAAUUUAUAG